UUCCAACAUUGAGAGAAGACCCAGGAAAGCACGUGGGAAACACGUGUAGAUCUCGUGACUUGGAGCGCAGCACACUCGGUCACGGGAUCGCGUGAUAAACUCGACGACAUUCCCGGUCCUUCCCAGUCGAAGUCGACAUGGCAAACGCAGGAGCACAAAAUGACGCCGGUACGGAUUAUUGGCCCAUCCACAUCACCCGCAGCGAUGGCCAAGGGUACCCCAAUCUCGACCACAGCGCCCUGAGCCCCAACGAGGACCAAGACGUGACGCAACAGGAGCGCUGGGAGGUCAUCGUCGCCGGCCAUCUGCAGAACCAGGUCGGGCCCAAGGAUGACAAAAAGCAGUACAAACUCGCCGGAUUUCCCAAGGGCUAUGAGCUGCGGUGUGCGGUGAGAAAAGAUGGAGGCCGUGAUUACUACCUUUACGGCCAUCCCCUGGGUCCCAAGGCCAACUAUCGCACUCCCGGCGAGUUUGCCCUGCACGCCCUCUGGUUGGUGAGCGACUCGACAGACAACAGCCAGUGUCCCUGUGACCUAUGUCCCAAGUAUGUCGAGAGAGCCAAGGCGGACAGGGACAGGAGUUUACCACCCGCGUUGCCGCCGCCUUCGUCCUCUGCCGCCGUUCCCGCCUCGAGGCCGGCGACGACGACACCGCCAACGGCGGCCCCGGGGAACCCGCCGCCAGCCCAGCAGCAGCUUGCCCAGCAGCAACAGCAACAGCUACAGCUUCCGCCUCCAGGAACUACCGGCUGGACCAAUGUCUUCCGCGUGGGCGAGCUCGUCUGGUACAAGCACACGGCCUGGCGGCUAGGCGUUAUCCUCGCCAUCACCCCUAAGCCCGGCAUACCUCUCCACCCAGGCGCACCCGACUCCAGCUACCACUUCACCCUCGCUCCACUCGGUCACGCUCUGCUGGAACAGCCUAGCCUGGUCAAGGAUUGCCAAUCCAUGCGCCCCUUCCUCACCUUCAGCGUGCCCCAUACUUCCAUGGAUGAGCUGAGAGAUCAGACAUUCGAUACGGUCAACUGGGAAGCCCUCGCUGCCCGCAUCUCCCAGGAUCCCGACCCCAACAAGCGCGAGAUCGGCCGCCAGAUGCUUGGCCUCGAGGCUUCCAAGAUGGGGGCCCGCGCCAUUAACGACACCUUCUCCACCUUUGACCUGCGCGCCCAAGGCACCACGGCCGACGGCGCCCUGCACGUGCAACACUAUGGCGGCGUCUAUCUCGGCGCCGAGAUGGUCCGCGUCGGUGACCCCGUCCGCGUCGUUGCAACCCCGAGCGGGUCUCCAUCCCAGCAACAACAACAACAUCAACAACAACAAGCAUCCCAGCAAGCCGCCCUCCCGCCCGACGCCAACCUCGUCAUGCUCGUCACCGAGAUCCAGGUCCUCACUCCGUCCUCCCUGACCGGCGACGCCCGCGGCGCCGCCACUCUCCAGUUCAAAGGCGACCUCUACCGCGCCGCUCGCCUUUCGACUGCCCACCCGCCACCACCAGGCACUAUCCCUUCGGGGGAGACCCUUGGCCCGGCCUUCGCCGAGGAGCUCGCCACGCGCAACGCGAUCGACAAGGAGAGCAACCCGGACGGCGGCAACGCCGACAAGGCCGUGUUCUGGAGCUGGGUGCAGGUAGGUGCGCAGGUGCUGCGGGGGGAGCAGGACGUGCAGGGCCGGUUCUACGUGACCGAGAAGCUGAUGAGCGUCAUCGACCCGGCCAAGUGGCAGGAGUGGGUGCGGCGUGGCCGGCUGGAGGAGGCGCCGGCGUACCUGAACAACCGGGGUCACAGCGGCGGGGGCCAGUACCUCGGGCGGAGAAUGGGGAGGAAGGCGGCGCUGGGGAACGCGGUGGGCGUGGAAUUUCGUGUGCCCCCGGGAAUGGUGGAGAACUAAGCCUUUGUUUUCCUCUUUUUUCUUUUCUUUUUUUUCCAGGAGGACCGGGGGAUGGAAAUGAACAGUUCAGAGGUGGUUCGUGUGUUCAGUCUACGGACUACAUGUAUGGUCAUUAGUU